AUGGCCGGUGGUGUGGACGGCCCCAUCGGGAUCCCCUUCCCUGACCACAGCAGCGACAUUCUGAGCAGCCUGAAUGAACAGAGGACCCAUGGCCUACUGUGUGACGUGGUCAUCCUGGUGGAGGGCCGAGAGUUCCCCACACACCGCUCUGUGCUGGCCGCCUGCAGCCAGUACUUCAAGAAGCUUUUCACAUCGGGGGCCGUGGUGGACCAGCAGAAUGUCUACGAGAUCGACUUUGUGAGCGCGGAAGCCCUCACCGCCCUGGUGGACUUUGCCUACACCGCAACCCUCACCGUCAGCACAUCCAAUGUCAGUGACAUCCUCAACGCUGCUCGCCUGCUGGAGAUCCCGGCUGUCAGUGACGUUUGCGCCGACCUCCUGGACCGCCAAAUUCUGGCCAAGAAUGACCAGAUGGAUUUAGUAGAUCAAAUUGAUCAGCGGAACCACCUCAGAGCCAAGGAGUACCUUGAAUUCUUCCAGAGCAACCCCAUCAACAGCCUCCCCAACAGCUUCCCGUGGACCAACCCCAACUUUGCCGGCCCAGAGGAUGAGGAGGAUGAGGAGGCGGCGGCAGCUGCCGCAGCAGCCACAGCAGCCACUGGUGGUGAAUGCAAUGGCCUGGACUUCUAUGCCCAGGGUGAGCGACCAAAGGCCAAUGAUGGUGACCCAGACAGCAGUCAGGGCCUGUGGCCCGACCGUGAUGAGGAGGCAGCCUCAGGGGCCAGCCUCUUCCCCCCUUCGCAGAAUGGGCACUACGGAGGCCGUGGCGGUGGUGCUGGGGGUGAGGAGGAAGCUGCCUCCCUUUCAGAGGCGCCAGAGCCGGGGGACUCCCCUGGCCUCCUAUCAGGGACGGCUGAUGGGGAGGACGGCGAUGGGGCAGAGGUGGACGGGCUGGCUGCCAGUGCCCUGCUGCAGCAGAUGAUCACCUCGGUGGGGCGGCAGGCUGGUGGUGGGGGCAGUGAGGAAGAUCAGCGCAAGGAGGACGAGGGUGUCAUGGAUUAUUACUUGAAGUAUUUCAGUGGCUCCCAUGAGGGCGACGUCUACCCGUCGUGGUCCCAGAAGGUGGAGAAGAAGAUCAGGGCCAAAGCAUUCCAGAAGUGCCCCAUCUGUGAGAAGGUGAUCCAAGGGGCAGGCAAGCUGCCUCGUCACAUUCGCACCCACACUGGUGAAAAGCCCUAUGAGUGUAACAUCUGCAAAGUCCGAUUUACCAGGCAGGACAAGCUGAAGGUGCACAUGCGAAAGCACACAGGUGAGAAGCCCUAUCUGUGCCAGCAGUGUGGGGCUGCCUUUGCCCACAACUACGACUUGAAGAACCACAUGCGGGUGCACACGGGCCUGCGGCCCUACCAGUGCGAGAGCUGCUUCAAGACUUUCGUCCGCUCCGACCACUUGCACAGGCACCUCAAGAAAGAUGGCUGCAACGGAAUCCCUUCCCGCCGAGGCCGGAAGCCCCGGGUGCGCGACUCGGGGGCUGGGGCCACUCCAGCCCCUGCCCCAGUGGCCCAGGACGGCCGGCGCCCCCGGCCAGAGAAGCACUUUAAGGAGGAAGAGGAAGAAGAUGAGGAAGAAGAGCAGCCCCAGCCUGAGGCCCCGGGCAGGUUGAAUGUAGCGGGAGGGUCAGCUGACGGUAACUUAACGACCGGACUCUCCUAAAACCAAAAACACACAGAAAAAUUCUAUCUAUAUACAGAUCUCUCUAUACAUAUAUAUAUAUAU